CUUUUUAAAAAAAACAAAAUCUCCUAAUUUUCCUCUGCGGAUCUGGGGAUCCAAGGCGUCUCAGUGGAAUUCCGUCGAAUUUGCGGUGUUUGAAUCGAUCGACCUCCGGGGAUUAGGGAGGAGGAUUUUGGGCGUAUACGUUUAAUGGAUUCGUUGAUGUUGUUGUCACAGUGAUCUGUUGUUUGAUCCGUAUCCCGCACACGCUACUGCUCGAUCCCCCUCUUCCUCUGUUUGUUACAACUUGGAAAAUAAGAUUUUUGCAAACGAAAUGAUGGAUUCGGAAGUGGACCACAACGGUGCUGGGACAUGCCAUCCAUUGGAGGACUUCUAUAUCCCUGAUUACAUACUGGUACCAGAGUCCGAACAAGGAAGCAUUAGUUCCGAACCUUCUUGCCCUGUGAUAGUCUUCAUCAACUCUAAAAGCGGUGGUCAGCUUGGAGGUGAUCUAAUUAAAACAUAUCGCGAGCUUCUUAAUAAAUUACAGGUUUUUGACCUCGGAGAGGAGGCUCCAGAUAAGGUGCUGCACAAAUUAUAUCGCAACUUCGAAAGACUCAAGUCCCUCGGAGAUAUUGGUGCUGCAAAUAUUCAGAAGAAUUUGAGAUUAAUUGUUGCGGGUGGUGAUGGCACUGCAAGUUGGCUGCUUGGAGUGGUCAGCGAUCUUAAACUUGCUCAACCACCUCCCAUUGCUACAGUGCCUCUGGGAACAGGAAACAACCUUCCCUUUUCUUUCGGAUGGGGUAAGAAAAAUCCUGGUACAGAUCAUGAGUCUGUAAAGUCUUUCCUCUUUCAAGUGAAGAAAGCAACAGACAUGAAAAUUGACAGUUGGCAUAUUGUUAUGAGGAUGAGGGCUCCCAAGGAAGGUACCUGUGAUCCAAUCGCGCCGCUUGAAUUACCACAUUCCUUGCAUGCAUUUCAGCGUGUGUCAAGUGCAGACUCAUUGAAUGUGGAAGGCUAUCACACAUUUCGCGGCGGAUUUUGGAACUACUUCAGUAUGGGAAUGGAUGCCCAAGUAUCCUAUGCAUUUCAUUCUGAGCGGAAGCUGCACCCUGAGAAGUUCAAAAAUCAGCUAAUCAAUCAGGGUACAUAUGCUAAGCUUGGAUGCACGCAAGGAUGGUUUUUGGCUUCUCUAUUUCAUCCUUCUUCAAGGAAUAUUGCUCAACUUGCAAAGGUGAAGAUCAUGAAAAAGCCUAGUCAGUGGGAAGAUCUUCACAUCCCUCGGAGCAUUAGAUCCAUCGUCUGCCUCAACUUACCGAGCUUUUCUGGAGGUUUAAAUCCUUGGGGAACUCCUAAUAAGAAAAAAGUGCGAGAUAGGGACCUUACCGCACCGUAUGUUGAUGAUGGCCUUCUCGAGGUUGUCGGCUUCCGAGAUGCUUGGCAUGGGCUGGUGUUGAUUGCUCCCAAUGGUCAUGGCACUCGUCUUGCACAGGCGCAUCGGAUUCGUUUCGAGUUCCACAAAGGCGCAGCAGACCACACAUUCAUGAGGAUUGAUGGGGAGCCGUGGAAGCAGCCGCUUCCCGAGGACGACGACACCGUAGUGGUAGAGAUCUCUCACCUCGGUCAGGUGAACAUGCUCGCCGCCCAGCACUGCAAAGCGAAAAGCAUCAACGACCCCUCGACGCCAUCGGCGGGUAGCAGCAGUGGUCAUUUUGAUGAAGACAGUUGCGAAGAUUCUGAGGAUGAAUGGGAGGGAGAGAGGCGGAAAUUUGGUGCGGCGGAGACUUUCAAAAUUCCCGAAGAGAUUGACAUUGCUCAUCUCAGUUAAAGAGAUGGAGGUUAAUUAUUGCCCGGUUAAUUAUGGUUCUGGUACUUUGGGCUCUUAACAGACGGAAGGAUUGUUUGUCCAGAUAUUGAUGAUUAGUGAGGAUCAUAAUUCUAUUCAAACAAAUUGCUUGCACAUUUAUUGUAUUAAUUAAUUAAUUUCCGAUUUUGAUGGUUAAAAUAGUUGUCUAUGUGUGCUGCUGCUGCUGCUGCAUUUCCAUGCUAAUAGGAUACGCGUCAUCAAGUUAUGCUGAAAUGAAAUGGUUCGUGGUUCGCUGCCGUUUUA